AUGACAGCUGCGAAAUAUUUUGGAGAGGAGAAAUUGGAGGAUGCGAUUUAUGCAAUAUACCUACGUAAAGUACGCUAUGUAUCACCAGUAAACGUCGAAUCUUCGGAUGAUCGAGUACUGGAUAUAAAAAGGUAUGGUUGUUCUGUGGAUAAUACGGAUCGCUUGCAUUGGGAAACCAUUCGAGAACGAAUCAUUCGUGCUGGAACAUUACAAAAAUUAGUUGAGUGCCUUAUAAAUGAUGAUAUGUUGAUGGAUUCGAGACAUUUUAAUGUUUUUUUCGCCACUUACCGUUCUUUUGCAUCAUGUUCAAACGUACUCGAACUUUUACUUCAACGUUAUGUGUCGCUUGAUAUGAAUUCGUUAGUAAUUGGCAAAGCGAAAACUGCUACUUUGCAAUGCUCUCUACGUUCUGUAAUUAUGUGUUGGUUGGAAAUGUACCCUGAAGAUUUCAAUGAGCCAAGUGCUGAUUUUGCUACUUUGAUGCGACUGAUCGAAUUUGGCAGGAUUCAUAAAAUCACCGAUGUGAGGACGAAAGCUCGGCAGUUACGAGAAACCUAUAAGCGUCAGGUUAUGGAUGGGCGUUAUUUAGCUCAAAUACCUUCAAUGGAGCAGUAUGUCUUCAGCACAGGUUAUGACGCACCAGAUUUCGAUACUUGUUUACAGAGGGCUAAUAUGUUCGAUAUUGGAAGGGAGAAUUGUGUACAGAUUGCUGAGCAACUCACGUUUUGGGAUGCUGAAUUGUUCAAAGAGCUAUUGCCACAGCAGUGUCAAGGUUGCGUGUGGAACAAAAGAAAUAAGCGAGGGCCAGAAACAGUGUACACUGUGAGGGCAACAAUUGAUCAGUUCAAUGCAGUUGUUCAAAAAGUGAUGACAAGUAUAGUCCUUCCGGAUUCACGGCCUGAUUUUCGAGCGAAAAUAAUCGCAAAAUGGAUCGAUGUCGCGAGGGAACUGAGAGCUUUGAAAAAUUUUUCGUCAUUAAAAGCAAUUAUAUCAACGCUUCAAUCCGAACCGGUUCACAGGCUGAAAUCAACGUGGGCGCAAGUUCCUAGUGCAUCAUUAGCCGAAUUUCGCGAAUUAUCAUCAAUAUUUGAUGCAGAUGAUGAUGGUGAAGAACGUCGGGCUAGACAAAUUCUGGAAGAAGAAGGUACAGCAAAGAAAUCACCAUUAAGACGACCACAGCUUAUUCAGAAUUGUCGAAGAACAAAAAGUGAUGUUAAUUUAGCUGAAUCUCAAGGAACAGUACCCUAUUUGGGUACUUUCCUCACCGAUCUCUCUAUGAUUGACCAAGCCAAUCCAGAUUUCACUGAGGAAGGCUUGAUAAAUUUCGAAAAGCGACGAAAGGAAUUCGAAAUAAUCGCCAAAAUUCGUCUUUUCCAAUCUGCUUGUCGUGCCUACAAGAUUCCUAUGGAUAUGGCAUUCUGCUCAUGGUUUUGUUUUCUUCCGGCACUGGAUGAAAAUCAAUGUUUCAUGAGGUCGUUAGAAGUGGAAUUGCCAACUAAUCAAGCGGAUUCAUCAAAACCACUUCGACAACCACAAAUAGCAAAAGCAAAUACGUUAUCGCGAUUAAUAGCAAAUAUGAAUGCAGACGAGAAUCCAAAUGAUAGCGGGCAAAUAUCUAAUGAUUCGGGUAUUGUAACUGAAGAUUUAUGGUACGAUGGUGUCACCAAACCAUUUGCGGAGAAGACAUUAAUAACUAUCUGUGAUCCGUUUAAUAUCAUUUCCUCACGUUCAUUUACUGCUCCUCCGACGCCAGCUAGCACAGUCCUCUGGAAAGGUAGUGAAUUUAGUCCUAGUGCAGCUUUUUCACAUCGGCGGUCAACAAGUGGUUGUUGGGACAAGAAUCAUCAUUCGAAUAAUGUUAGUGUUUGUAGUUCAUUGAAUUCUUAUGGUAAAAUGAUAAUGGAAACAUCAUCAGGAUCAUGCGUUUCGGCCAGUUCAUUGCAACAGACAGCACCUUUCCAUCUUGCCCGAAUCGCUUUAGAUGAUUCAAUGAAGAAUGAUACAGGCACUGCUAAUUAUAAAUGUGUUAAGAUCGUAAAUGGCGAUAGGAUGCCAGAAUUAAUUGAAAGAACUUUAGAAAAGCAUCUUAUCUCUGGUGAUCAUUCGGAAUAUUGUCUUGUACAGCUUCUACCCGAUGGAUGUGAAUUUUGUUUGCCGGAAAAAUGUAAUCCAUAUUAUGCUGUAGCACCAGAUCCUACUUCAACAAUGUUGAAUUUUGUGUUGCGACGAAAAAGCGAUAUAGAACGAAUGUCAGUGUCAGGCGGUAUUGCACCAUCUACUAAAAAAUUAAAUAAGGUGAAACGAUGUAAUUUACUGCGAUGGAGUAGUGGUUAUUUAUGA